GGCCCGCGGCCUGGGCGGAGAGGUAGCUAAGGCUGCCCGGCCUGUCCUUCGAGACUCGGUAGAGCGAACAGCGAGGGGGUCGGCAGGAAGGUUCCCCGCUGUCCGGCGCGGGCGGUGGGCGCUGCGCCCCGGGCCCGCAGGGGCGGCGGGGCUGGGGAAGCACCGCCCCGGGCCCGCCGGGCAUUGUGGGAAGCAGAGGGAAAUAUGGCGGAUGGUGAGGAACCGGAGAAGAAAAGAAGGAGGCUAGAGGAGCUGCUGGCGGAUGGAAUGGCUGUUGAUGGUGGGUGUGGGGACACUGGAGACUGGGAAGGUCGCUGGAACCAUGUAAAGAAGUUCCUCGAGCGAUCUGGACCAUUCACACAUCCUGAUUUCGAGCCAGGCACUCAAGCUCUUGAGUUUUUGUUAAACACAUGUAAAGUACUAGUUAUUGGAGCAGGUGGAUUAGGUUGCGAGCUCCUGAAAAACCUGGCACUGUUGGGCUUUAGGCAGAUCCAUGUUAUUGACAUGGAUACUAUAGAUGUUUCUAAUCUUAACCGACAGUUUCUGUUUCGACCAAAGGAUGUUGGGCGACCAAAAGCAGAAGUUGCAGCAGAAUUCCUGAACAGCCGCAUUCCCAACUGUGCUGUUGUAGCAUAUUUUAAAAAGAUUCAAGACAUGGAUGAAAGCUUCUACAGACAGUUUCAUAUUAUUGUUUGUGGGCUGGACUCUAUAAUUGCAAGAAGAUGGAUAAAUGGCAUGCUGAUGUCAUUUUUACAUUAUGAAGAUGGUGUACUGGAUCCAAGCUCCAUCAUACCUUUAAUAGAUGGAGGGACAGAAGGUUUUAAAGGAAAUGUUCGUGUGAUUAUUCCUGGUAUGACAGCAUGUGUUGAAUGCACACUUGAGCUUUAUCCACCACAGGUUAAUUUUCCCAUGUGUACUAUUGCAUCUAUGCCCAGACUACCAGAGCAUUGUAUUGAGUAUGUCAGGAUAUUGCAGUGGCCAAAGGAGCAACCUUUUGGAGGUGUUGCAUUGGAUGGAGAUGACCCUGAACAUAUACAGUGGAUUUACCAGAAGUCUUUAGAAAGAGCAUCACAGUUUAAUAUUAAAGGUGUUACAUACAGACUCACCCAAGGGGUGGUUAAACGGAUUAUUCCAGCAGUAGCUUCUACAAAUGCAGUAAUUGCAGCUGUUUGUGCCACUGAAGUUUUCAAAAUAGCCACAAGCGCGUACAUUCCUCUUAACAACUACUUGGUGUUUAAUGAUGUGGAUGGAUUAUACACGUACACAUUUGAAGCUGAAAGAAAGGAGAACUGCCCAGCCUGCAGCCAGCUUCCCCAAAACAUAGAGAUUUCCCCAUCAGCUAAACUGCAGGAGAUCUUGGAUUACUUGACCAACAAUGCUUCACUGCAAAUGAAAUCUCCUGCCAUCACAGCAACUAUGUAUGGGGGAAAUAAAACACUUUAUUUACAGACAGUAGCUUCAAUUGAAGAACGAACGAGGCCGAAUCUUUCCAAGACACUAAAAGAACUGGGGCUUGUGGAUGGCCAGGAACUUGCAGUUGCUGAUGUUACUACACCACAGACUAUGCUGUUCAAGCUUCACUUUACCACUUAAUUUAUUCAUAAGUAAAUUGCAUAUACAGCAAGAGGCAUCUGUACCCACCUUGUAAAGCAAAUGUACUCUGUGGGUGUUAAGGCAACCCAAAAUGUUCAUGUUACUACUAGCAGUGUUGAAGGUUAGGUAAUACAAGGAAUCAUCCUAUUUCACAAUUGUAUGUAGAAGCCAAUAUUUGGUGGAUUAUAUUUGUAUAAAUACUUAUGAAUGUACAGAACUCUGAUGUAUAGGAAAACACUUUUUCCCGCCAGAUUUUGUUGUCAAAAUGUCAAUGUUAAUAUACCUUCAGACACAUGGAAAUGUCAAGGUGGCCAAAGGGCCAAAGUUUGGUUUUAAAUUGGAGCACUCCGAUACUUGCUAAGUUACCUUAAAACCAAAAGAGGGCAGGAGAUUAAAAUGAGCAGUGUCCUCUUGUUUGAUAUUGAUGAGGCUUAUGGAAGGUGUGAAGUAUGAAAGAUUAACUUCGUUUACAAGCAAAUGUGAAAGGACAAAACAAACAGCUGUACAUGAAAAUACAGACGUGUCUGCUCGCAGUCCCCACACAGUGCUGCAAGAUUAUGUUCAAGUAUCAUUGGUGCUGUUAAGGUAUUUAUUAAUAAAAAAUCAUAAAGACA